AUGAAGAUUGACACAAGCCUGAGCAUGCCGCAGCUGCCCGAGGCACUGUCUCACACUGGGCUGCAGUUCACUGUAGCCACAGAAGAGGACUUUGAGGACAUCAUGGCUAUGAGCCAGGACAUCUAUGGAGGUCUGGAUUACCUGCCCACACGAUACACCAGCUGGCUGCAGGAGACCAAUCGCAUCGUAAUCCUGGCCCGCAAGCACGGGAAAGUGAUCGCCCUGGAGUCCGUAUGUGUGAUCGAUGGAGGGGAGACAGUGCUGGUGGAAGGGCUGCGGGUGGCCCCUCAGGAGCGAGGCAAAGGGGUGGCAGGAGUCCUGCUGCGCUUCUGCUCAGAGCUGGUCAAAUCCAGGUUUCCUGAAGUGAAAGUAACCCGUCUGACCCGGGAUGACCAGCUGGGGCCUAAAGACUACCAGAAGUAUCGCAUCAUCACCAAACAGGGGAUUCUGCUGGUGCGCUUCAGGGCUGAGGAUCUGAAACAGCGUCUGUCAGAGUUGGGUGUUGGUGAAGACCUGCACUACCCUGUCAUCAACUCCUCUCAGCACGCAGCCCCUCUGCGCUUGGACCACCCCACCAUCCAGCGCCUGUUCCUGGGUACAGACCUGAUGCAGCCCAUUCUGCCUAAUGCCACCAUCAUCCAGGACUGGCAGCCCUUCAAGCUUCUAUCCAGCAACAUGGCCAUCCUGUUCAAGAAAGACAUCGACUGGAUGGUGGACGACCUGAGCAACCCCAGUGUGGCCAGCCUGUGCACCUUCCCCUUCAGUGUGCCCAUAGGAGACGACUGGUACUACCUGAACAUCGACAUGUUUGGCAAAGACGUGGGCCUGGUGCGGCAGCAGUUCCUGGGUCACCUCCAGAGGCACACCUCUUCUCUGAAGGGUCAUGUGAUGUGCCAGAUGUUCCUGGAGCCGCAGCUGUGGGAGAGCAUGGCCCACUUCUGUCAGCACACUCUGGGCGUGGAGCUGGUCAAGGAGUACAGGGAGCAGUGUGUGGUGGAGGCCGACAUAAUCUAG